UGCGCAUAUAACAGUAGUUGUAAGAAAUUGACUUUGUCGGUGAUGUAUAGGGCCGAAAAAUGUUUGUAUGAUAACAUAAUAGUGUGUGCAGGUGUAGCCAUUCAAAAUUUUUUCGGGGAUUUUGUUUACGAUCAACUUUAAAAUGCAAUUUUGAAUGUAUUGUGCAAGUGAACGGUCUAUUUCUCCACCGCGGUACACAACUAAGUGAUUGUAAGACACGCCAAUUCAGAAGUGCAUCUACACGUGUAGUUUUUAGGAAUAAUUAUGCCGGCAUCUACGUUAGAUCCCAUAACUGCGGCCAUUCGAGCCUCAUUAACAAAAAAUAACUCGGAUAAUACCUUAGAAACCCAAUUAGCCAGCUCCGCUAAAAAAUCUUUAUUAACCAACAUAAAUUUUGAAAGUGGUGGUACUUCAGGUAUCGUUUGUGGGAAACAAGUUCAUGUUUUCCAAUCUUCGGGGGCAGAUCAUAUCUUCCUUAAGUAUCGGGAAGAAGUGAAAACAAGCGCCAAAAUGGAAGUUGAAACUGGAGAGGAAGAAACAUUAAAAAUGCCUAAGAUGGAACUUUUCCCAAAAGAAUUGAUUCAACUUGGAUGGAGUGAUCUGCCAGAUUGGUCUGCUGGUUGUGGAAUGAUCAACAUGGGUAAUACAUGCUAUUUAAAUUCCACUUUGCAAGCACUCUUUCACGUUCCUGCAUUAGUGAAUUGGUUGAUGUCUGACAAGGAACAUUAUUCUUCAUGUUAUGAAUCAGGUGGUUUCUGUAUAAUUUGCUCCAUGAGAAGAACACUGUUAGAAUCACAAAAUUCCAAUAUGAAUGCCAUUCGUCCAGUACACAUUUUCAACAAACUUCGUUUCAUAAGCCGUAACUUCAUAUUGAACAGACAGGAAGAUGCCCAUGAAUUUCUGAGACAUCUAAUUGAAGCAAUGGAAAAAGCUUAUUUGAACCGUUUUAAAAAUCAUGACCAGUUUGAUGCUAGAGUUAAAGAAACCACACCAUUGAACCAAAUCUUUGGUGGUUACUUGAGAUCUGCUGUGACUUGUCAGGAUUGCGGUCAUGUCAGUACCACCUUUCAGCAUUUCCAAGAUCUGCUAUUAGAUAUCAGGAGAGCUCAGACUGUAGAAGAAGCUCUUGAUGGAUAUUUUUCUAGGGAAAGAAUUGACGAUGACACUUAUCAAUGUGAAUCAUGUAGAAAAAAGGUUUCUGCUACAAAACAGUUCUCCAUAGAAAGGGCACCUAUAGCUCUGUGUGUUCAAUUGAAGAGAUUCUCGGUGUCCAACACCAAAAUCAAUAGACACAUAGCUUUUCGACAACGAUUGGACCUGACUAAGCAUACCAAAAACCGACCUUCUACACCUUUGGUAUACAAACUGGUUUCGAUUAUCACUCAUAUAGGAUCCAGUGUUAAUUGUGGACAUUAUACUGCCGUUGGAUCUGUUCCUUCUGGAACGUUUUAUCAAUUCGACGAUAGUAAUGCCCGACCUAUUUCCUAUCAAGGGGUUCUGAGCACGAUGGCAUACAUAUUGAUGUACGAAUUGGAAUCUCCACCUUACUCCCGUAGGAACCCCACACUAAAAGUCCAAACAAAGACGAUCACCACAGCCACCGAACCGAGCUGCAGCAAAUCCAAACCGAUAGCCAACGGAAUAGGCUACACCAGUAACAAAGUAUACGGGCCCCACUUGCCCACGAACGGACUGAUAAACAGGAACGGCGACACGUCCAACAAUUCCUCCAGCGAAAACGGCUCCAACUCGGACGGGUCCCCCCAAUCUCAGAAUUCUAGUCAAAACACACCAAACCAUGUUCAGUCGCCGAAGGAGACGGUGCGCCUCUCCGGCGAUCAAAUAGUUCCAAUUAAAACGUUAAUCAAAAGUGAAAAGGUCAAUUGUUCGGCCAAAACAACUCCGGAGAGCAAAACAGUAACGAAAUUAGUUCCGUACGAGGAGAACGACUCGAGUAGUUCGGACAAUUCGGAACCUGCGAAAAGAACAGUGAGUGAGAACACGGUGGCCGAUUCGUUGAACGGUAUGUGGAAGGUCAGUCCUCCCAACGCCGAAAGUCGCCUAGAACCUUCCUCCGAGGGCACGAGUUGGAUGAAGAACGGCAGCCAGAACGACAAGGUGGUGAACGAGCUGUUCAAGAUGUCCUACAGAGAUUUCAACUCUGUGUCCACCUGGAACGGCACCAGGUCGCGUUUGGACAAGGAGAUAUCCAACGAGAGGAGGGAGGAGAGAAAGAGGACGAUAGAAGAUGUUUCCGACCCCAUCGAUCAAGGACGUAAGAAGCAUGUUAAGACCCACAACAACAAUAGUUACAAGUCGAAUCCGGGAUAUCAUCCGAUUGAGGAGUAUCACAGUUCGAAAACCUGGAAUCACCGGAACAACAACAAUUCUAACUCGAGGUUCUACGGUAAUAAGCAAUUUUAUAAUAAGGGCGGCCAUCGACACAGAUAUAAUAAUAACUUUCACCAUAAAAAUUAUCAUAAUAAACACAAUCGUAUGUGAUUAUACAAGUUUUAUAAGGGCGAACAGUAAUUACUUAUGAAAUGGAAGGCACACCUUAUUACAGAUAUUGUUUCUUCAUCCCUUUGUACAAAAAAAAAUUCCCUAUGUAUUUAUUUGUUAUAACUACCACUUGUACUGGUAGCACUCCCCAAAUUUGAGACUCAGAUUUUUUUAUGCUAAAAAAAUCGUUAACGAAGAACACUCUUGUUUGUUGAUAUUGUUUCGAUUUUUCACCAAGAUUUUGUGUUUCUCUUUUCUGGGUUUCUUCCCCCUCGAUAAAUUAUAGAAUUAAUGAUAAAAUUUCGAAUUUAUCUAUAAGCUGUUAAAAUUUCCAGAGUUGUGUUACCAUUUCUAAUUGAUUACUUCCAUUUUGUAAAUUUUACACAUAAGUAAGGAAUUUUCAAUGUAGACUUGGAAGUCUGUUUUAAAUUGAAGGAAGUUCUUUUAUUCUAAUGUAUAUUGUGCAGAUAAGUUAGUAAUUUUCAAUGUUAUCGUGAGCUCCUUGGUUUUAAUUGGAAAAUGUUAAUUAAAUUAUAAAUUGUAAGCUGAACUUUUGGACCUCAAAAACAAUUGUAGUGUAGUGAAUAUAGCAGAUGUUAAUUGAAUUAUAUUUAUUUUUUGCAUUUAGUAUCAUUUUGUAUAUUUUAUGUUCCUAAGGAAAUGUACAUAAUUUUUUAAGUCAUUCACCCAAAAUAAAAUACUAUCAUGAGAUGAUUGUAAUUACAUAUUUCUUUAUUA